AUGGCGGACGGCACGAUCGACUCUGAUGGUUUGAAUGCUGACCUCUGCAGCGACAAGAAGGUUUCAAGAGAUCGAGUGGACUUUGUUCGUGAAGAGUAUAAACGCUAUAAACGAAAAAAACCUCCUCCAGACUUCAGUGAAGUAAUUGACUUCCAAGAUCCGACGUCCUUUCGCGGACAUGUAGAGAAAUUCGAAGUCGGGGGAAUACAUUCGAAGUUCGGACUUCGUUGUUCUAGUGAAUGGCGCGCUUACAAGCUCAAAUCUUGUCCCGGGCUUAUGUUUAUAGUGAAUCCUUUUCUACCAGGAGGCCAACACUACUGGAUAAAGCGAUGCAUGGAAGAUUUUCCCCGGAAACCAAAUGUGUGUAAUCUGGAUGCCCAUAUGACGUUGGAUCCUGAAAAAUCAGUCUGGGAAAUCAGCAACAGGUACACGUAACUCAUCAUGCUGCUUAGUAAUUAUCAUUUAACUUGGCUUCGUAACAUUAUUAUUAAAAUAUCUAUAGGUGGUUUUCACGUUAUGCACCUAUCAAUGGUUUGCCCCAGGAUGGGGGGGCCGGGCAACCCACGGGAAAUUUGACAUUUUCAGGUUUUCAAAUGUCAAUUUCCCUACCCUUGGGUCUCCAUUGUAAGUCAAAUUCCCACCCCUGGGGACCACAGACCUUCAUAGUAAGUCAAACGAAAUGAUAGGCACUCACAACAAGUUUAUCGCAGCACUCCUCCAGAAAGUAACAGUACUUGAUGGCAAAUGGUCCCCACCUAGUUUGUGCAUUUUCCUAAAUGAAGAAGGCAUAUUCUAGGUAUUUAGCAUGGUUCAGUUUUGGUUAGCAAUUUCACACGUAUUCUGUAGUGCUGAAAAUACCUGUGAAUUGUUUCACAUAGUAUUUACAGCAACACAAAAUGUGCAAUGCCAGAACAUGUCGUCAUCAAGAGGGGUUAAUGCACAAACUUGGUGGUACCAAUUAUCAUCACAGGUAUCACCUGGAAUAGGUCGUAUUCUUUUUCAUCCAACUGAUGUUUGUAACUGGGGUCCACAAUUGACCAGAAUUUCAUUUAAUUUAACAUUUGGAGAUACUAGCAAAUCUAUAAACACAGAGGGUAUUGAAAACUUGAGGCAGGGCGGCAUCCUCUGAAGACAGGUAAGUAGGAAGUAAAUUUUGAUCUAAAUGAGCUCUUGUGCAAAUAUUUCUUCUCAAAGCUGAAGGAAAAAUACCUUAUGUUAUUAGAACUUUAAAGACAGAGCACUGAUGGGCAUAAAAAACAACAUUUUGGCUUAAAAAAAAGCAACACGAUACUCCUUACCUUUCGUUCAGCCAUCCUUGGAUGCAGGAAACUCGCUCAAAUGACUUCUGGCUAUUUUCCAAGAUGACAGACCACUCACUCAUUCCCAGGUCCUCUCCACUUUUCAAGAUGACGGUCGAGUCAAAUUUCCUACCCUGCCGGGACCAUUGUGGAUGUCAAAAUCCCCACCCACGUGCGCUUUACAAAGUCUAAUUCCCGUGGGUUGCCCGGCUCCCCCAUCCUGGGGCAAACCAUUGAUAGGUGCAUUACGUCAUCGCCGCCAUGCUGGUGGACGGUAUUAAACAAAAGAUCGCUCAUUAGCUCGCUUUGUUUGUCCACCAGCAUUUGUUCAUUUCACCAUUGUUAUUUGUGUCUCCCGAGAUUGCAUGAAAACCGCCUAUAGAUCGUUUUCACCAUCAUGCAACAAAAAAUAAAUUGGAAACCAUCCAGUGGAAGAAGCCAAGAAAAUGAAAUGUUAUAAAAGACUAAAAUAUAAAUGAUUUGUCCAAGUUUCAGGUCUUUGUGGCCCACAGUUUCUGAGUUAUUUGCCAAAACGUUUCAUGCACCUUUGUAGAGCUUUGUAUGGAAACGCCAUAUUGGUGUACCGUUUUGGUGCACCAAUAUGGCCGCCGGAAAUCAUCAAAAACAUCUGGAGUUCACUUUUUCUACAAAAGCUCUCUCUUUUCACUCAAGAACUAGCAUACAUGCAUAUAAACAUAUCUUCUAAUACUUUAAAUGGUUAUACUGCUGAAAAUAAAGAGGAGAGACUUUUUUCAGUGAGACAGCAUUCGUAUUUUGCUGUCAGGCACUGUGAAAACUCGGAAGUUCAAAUUGCUGUAUUUUUGAAAUGAAAUAUGCUAUGGUAAUGGAAACUUGUAAAAAGAUUUAUUUUUUGUUUAUCUUCAACCUAAUGUAAAUAAGAAUUCGUAAAACCUCGCUAUUUUGACUUUACAAUUUGAUGACAUCACUGUGAAAAUCAUCUAUACUGUGUACAGUUAAACCCUGUUAAUUCGGACACUGAGGGGGUAAUAGAAAGUUUCCAUAUUAACAAUGGGGUGUCCCUAUUAAGUGGGUGGAAUUUAGAGAAAUUGUAAGGGCUUUCUUUCCCCAGGGACAAAGCAAUUUUUCUGUAUAAUGACGUUUCGCACGGAGGAACGUCUGCAACUCAGCGACAGAAAUUCCAUACUUUUGACGUAAAAUCUGUCCAGAAUCCGGUCAGAAGUGUUGAUUGGUCGAUGGAGUAGUUACAUUGUUUUAGCUAUUGUUUACGAAUGACAGACAAAAAACAAAAGGCCACAAAGGUCAAAUGUAAACGCGAAGAAUCUCUAACAAGACAAUCAAUAUUUGUGGAAUAUAGUCUUCUCUAGAAGAAGCAUUUGAGUUUUGCUGGAGCUCGUUGGCAGAUGAACACAACUCUUCCCAAAAUCAACCAGAAGACACGUAAAAUUGGACAAAUUUGUAUUUGGAACCCCAUGACUACUGGAUUUAUUAUGUAAACAUUGGAUUGCGAUGUAAGUAUGGAAUUUCUGCUUCAGAGUUGCAGGCGUUCCUCCUCGCAAAACGUCGCCGGUGGCGAAGAGCGAGGAGAAACGGAUGUUUUUGCAGGCUGUAAAAGCGCCUGCAUGGGAGGCUAUAUUCAGAAGGGUUUAAAACAGAAUUUGUUAUGCUUUGGAUAGUAAAGACCACGCCAAAACUUACAAUGCGCAUACAGUGUAUGUAGCAAAAGUGAGGAAGAAGAAUUCAACUAAGUUAUGAUUGAUUGGCUAUGGCUUACAAAGCAUCUGCUGCUUUUUGAAAGUAUUUGCUUUUGCUUUUGUCUCAGGAGUGUAUGUGAUAAUUUAUUUUUUUCAAUUAUUUAGACCAUUUUGAUCAGUUUGCCACUGACAAAUCUAGCCUGUUUCGGGCUCCAAGAUAGUCGGGUCUGUGGAAUUGAGAAAUCACGAACAUGGAAAAUAAAAUGGGAGGAAAUUUGGGAGAGGAAGUGCUCAUAUUUUGAUGUAUCUCUCACUUAUGCAUCAUCUCUACCAUUUGAGAGCCCAGAACAGGCUAUCACAAAUCAGUUUUUUUUGCUUAAUGUCCCCUAAUAAUAUUAUUAUUGUUAAUAUUAUUAUCUUGAAUUAUUAUUAAAUAGCAUUAUAAUGUAACAUUCCACUACAGCUGUGGUUUUUAUUACUAAUUAUCCAUUAAAUUAUACAUUUUACAUCACUUUGACCCAAGUGGGUUAUCACACCAGUAAACCCAUAAAAAGUGUGGUCCAUUGCUUUUAUAAAAUAACUUUAAAGCAUGUUUCAGUUUUCUAUGAGUUUACCAGCACAAUAAACCAUAGGUUUUUAACCAAUCAGAACACACGUACUAUCUUAGUUAUUUUAUGAAUUAUUAUAUAAGAAAAGCUUAUGACCACUGGUUAUUUUUCAACAGCAGUGGUGAAAAUCGAGGCUUGAUGGAUCGGCUUCGCUGGGUGCACCUUGGUUACCAUUUUGAUUAUAAUGUUGUGGAUUAUAAACCUGAAAGAUAUUAUGACUUUCCACUGGACCUGGCCGGCAUGACUCGGCACAUUGCUAGUACCAUUGGUUACCCUGACUACUCCCCUGAAGCUGGUAUUGUCAAUUACUAUCCCUUGGGGGGAACCAUGGGGGGACACACGGACCAUUAUGAGUCGGAUUUGUCUUGGCCUCUGAUCUCCUUGAGUUUUGGACAGACAGCGAUUUUUCUCAUUGGUGGAGCUACCAGAGACAUUAGACCAGAAGGUAUGUUGGAGUUUGUAAAUACAGUUGAACCUUCAUUAAACAGUCACCCUUGACAGCAAGUAGCCGCUUAAUGAAGGUUGCUCGUUUGAUAGAAGGCCAUCACAAAUUAGCUUAAUCUUUAUAAGAGAUGUCACCUUAUCUUAAAACAAACAGGUGACAGGUGCGACAUAACUGGUCCACAAUCAGUCGUCACCUAUCUCGGACUGUAUUUUCCUUCAUCAAUACAAGUAUUAUUUUAUAAAAUAAUUCCAAACUAAAUUGUAUCAAGCACUUGAUGGACAAUAAGAGGACUGUCAUCCUCAUCGGGAUGGCCAAAAGGUGGCAACUUAAUAGCCUGCAAAGCAGGCAUACUUUGAAGCAGGAUCCAUGAAUUGUUUUCAGCCACGAUCAAUGUACCUCCAAGUUUUCGUUAAAAAAUGCCUGCUCUGCAGGCUAGCAACAUAAUGGAGGUUUAAUAUGCCAUUCUUUUCUACAAUUUUUUUGGCACCGUGAAUACUAGCCAUGUAAUAGAGGGUUGCCUCUCAAUAGAUGGCCGCUCAAUGAAGGUUAAACUAUAUUACAUGUAAAGCAAGCUUUUACAAUGUGAGAAGAAUGGUCAAUCAAGCUGAAGUAGCUAAAUCAGACCUCCCACUCUCCUACUGACAUAUACCCCUUCACUCUAACAGAAGUAACAAUAUGUGUGGGAGAAGUUACAGUAUGAGAUUGAUAUUGUACAGCUGUACAGUGUAAAUUGUAGUUUUACUUAACAACAGUACAAUAUAAGUCUUGAUGGUGAUGUUAUUAGUUAACUUGCAGUGUCACAGGGUUUUUGUUAAUCAUUCUAGUAGCAGGAGAAAGUUGUAACCGGAGAAUUCUGCCCAGUAAAUGGAGAAUUCUCCAAUCUCUGAUGCCUAAUGAGCACCUUGUCUCAUGGUCUACCAAUUUAGCAAUAGCCCUUCAUUGUUUGUUUAUUUUCGUGCCUCCGUUGAUCACAUGAUUUUCUGGUGAGAUUUGCUAGUAUUUUCCAAUCCACUACACAACAUGAAAAAGACAUAGUGGCAGAGCAAACAGGCCAAACCAACCCACCAAAUUAUGUACAGCAACUACAUGUAAGAUGAACCUGGGACAAGUCACCGGCAACUAAUGUGCAAUUAUGUGUGUAUCCUCUUCACAAAAACUGCUAUCACUGGUAAAAUGGUACUAGGGCCAGGUGCCUUAGAUUCUCAUAAUUUAUCUCUUGACAAUGUAUGGAUUUUGUUUGGACCCCCAUCCUUCCCCCUUGCUGAAAUACUCUUGUUUUUGCUGUUAUUACAGAAAAACUGCACUAAGUAGACCCCGUAUUGAAGGGAAUCCCUUUCAAGCAGACAUGGAUGUUAGUGAGUUCUAGAUUCUUCUUCCCAUAAUGCAAGCUUAAUUCCCAUGUGUUCCUUGUGGGGGGUUGGGUACUUUUUUUUUUCUUUUUAGACGGGGAAGAAAAGGUUAGUAGGUAACUGUUUUUGUUUAUGUUUGCAGCUUUAUACAUUCGCAGUGGUGAUAUUCUAAUCAUGUCUGGGCAAUCUAGAACUGCUUUUCAUGCUGUCCCAAGGAUCAUUAAAGUUGGAGAUGAAUAUGAACCCCCGCCAUGCUUGAAAUGGCCAAAUGGACUCUUUGAUGAUAAAACAAACAAAACAACAGGGGUGAACCUGGAUGAAUUAGAUGUAAGAGACAAAAACACGGCUAUACUGGAUAAAAACUGUGCAUCAACUAAUAUAGUUGGAGGAAAUGACACCGAAUCAAACAAAUGCUCUGUGGAAGAAUUCUGCAAUUACAAGAUUUGUAGCGAAUCUGAACACUUCAGUUUUGAGGCUAAUAAGAGUAGUGGUUGUAAUAAGUUGGAUUUUGGUGCUAAAUCCACAAGGAUGAAAUCUCUCAACGCAGAAGAGUGGAAAAAAUUUGAAGUUUAUAUUUCAAAAACUCGGAUUAAUAUCAACGUGAGACAGGUGCAUGAACAAGGCAAAACAAUGAAUUCUUUUUGCCAGUGAUCGUGAAUAAUUUGAAGAUAAUAAUAGUAAUAUUAUCAUUAUUAUUGAUAUUAUCAAUAGUGUUGUCAGUGGACCACUGUCUUCGAUGGAGAUUAAAAAUGAAAGCAAUC